AUGUCUAUGACAUCCUCCAAACCAGAGAAGAAGCCCGAGCUUCAGUUUGACACCAGCGAAUACGAGCCCCCUACUUUUGAGAGACAGCACAAGGCUGACUCUGCCCGACUCGUCAAAUCUGUUGGACUGGGUCUGACUGUGCUUGCUCUCCUCUCCUCCAUCGUUGUUGUGGGUACAGCAGGAGACACCCUCCGUGUAUAUAACAAGACCACUCUCGGCUCGGAGUUCCACCUAUCACUAUGGCCUACAAACUUUGAUCUCAGGCCGACUGUCGCCCUGGUCACUUGCGGAAACAUCAUCAUGCUCUCCAGCAUUGCGUUCCUGGUUGCUACUCAAGUCCCUGCUAUCAAGAACAUCCACAUUAUUUCAACAUCCGUCUCCUACCUUGCACCCACCAUAUCCCUCAUCGCAUCCCUGAUCGCUACCUCCUUCUUCUACGGCGUCAAUGCCUCGAACACGACCUUCUCGCUCCAAAGUUGGUCUUGCCAAUGGUCUUCGAUUGACAUGCAUGUGCAGCCACACUGGAGCUCGCUGUGCAAGCAGAGCAAAGUCGCAUUAUAUCUUACCGUUAUGAUGAUCCCGCUGCAAGUGUUCGUACUUGGGACUGCGGCAUGGGGUGCGCUUGCUGCGAAGAAGGAGAGUGUCCAGCACGAGCGCAUGGAAAGUCCCGCUACGUCUUGA